AUGGCCAGCUCCAGGGCUCAGCGGUUCAAUCCCAUUGCCUUCACACCCUGGCCGGUAACAUGUAUCACAACAAUCGUGUAUCUCGCAUUACUUAUUCCAAUCCUCGUCAUAAACCUUGUCGUUCCUUCCGCUCCAGAAACGAAUCCCAAGGGCGUGAAUCUUACAGAAGCUUGGAGAGAUCUUCAGCACUUAACUGGAGGUUUUCAUCCUUAUAAUAGCCGGCGGAAUGACGAAGUUCACGAAUGGCUUCUAAGCAGAAUCAAUUCGAUCAUUCGCCCUACGGUUGAGGCCGGACAACGUUCUUCCGCUACUGAUAACUUGCCGGAAGUUUUCGUUUUUGACGAUAAUCGGUCGAACUUAACAUAUUCUAACGGCGGAGUUGGUAAGACCUCAAUUGUGGGAGUAUAUUUUGAAAGCACGAAUAUCAUAGUUUAUAUACGAGGGAGCGAAGAUGACUUGGAGAACUGGUGGGAGCGCUCGAAUGGGAAACCAAAGGGGAAAGGAGGUGUUCUCGUGAACGCUCAUUACGACAGCGUUUCAACCGGAUAUGGCGCCACUGAUGAUGGAAUAGGCGUUGUGAGUUUGCUGCAGCUCCUCAGAUACUUCACGACUCCUGGAAACAACCCCCGUAAAGGUCUCGUUUUGCUCUUCAAUAACGGGGAAGAAGAUUACUUGAACGGAGCCCACGUAUUUAGCCAGCAUCCACUUUCAAACUUUACGCAUACGUUCUUGAACCUUGAGGGUGCAGGGGCUGGCGGCCGAGCUGCUCUUUUUCGAACCACAGACACAGAGGUUACACGAUUUUACGGGAACACUAAGCACCCGUUUGGUUCUGUACUUGCUGCUGAUGGCUUUAAAAUGGGCCUGCUUCGUAGUCAGACUGACUAUGUCGUGUUUAAUGGUAUCCUAGGACUUCGAGGACUUGAUUUGGCCUUCAUAGCCCCCAGAAGCCGAUACCACACAGACCAAGAUGACACACGACACACAAGUAUUGAUUCCUUGUGGCACAUGCUUUCUGCUUCCAUAGGAACCACCGAGGGUCUCGUUUCAUACACAGGAAUGGAUUUCGAUGGCAAAUCAAAGGACCAAAACAAAGUGAACAGCGGUGCUGGCACCCUUGGUGUUUGGUUUGAUAUGUUUGGAACCGCCUUUGCUGUUUUUCGCCUCCAUACUCUGUUUGCAAUUUCAGUAGCUCUUCUGGUCAUUGCCCCGUUGGUAAUCUUCGUAACAAACCGGAUGUACUUGUUUUCGAUGUCUAAGUCUUUGGAAGGAACCGGCGACCAGGUCUCCUUACGUGGUCUUCGUGGCUUUUCUCGCACCCCUAUCAUCUUGGUUACUGCCACGACUAUUCCCAUAUGUUUAGCGUAUUUGCUUGAGAAAGUCAAUCCAUAUAUCGUGCAUUCCAGCCAAUUUUCAGUGUGGAGCAUGAUGUUCUCUGCGUGGAUAUUCCUGGCUUGGUUUCUAGCAUGUGCUGCCGACUUUUUCAGACCUUCAGCUCUUCACAGGGCAUAUAGUUACACAUGGAUAUUCAUCGCAACGUGGAUCAUGCUUGUCAUUAACACGGUUUACGCAAACCAAAAGGGCAUUGCUGCUGGAUAUUUUCUAUUAUUUUACUUUGCUGGCGCGUUUCUCGCGACUUGGAUUUCCUACCUGGAACUCUUCGCUCUUCCGAGAAAAGGGGAUUUUGCCCGCCAGACCACAGGACGGCGCCCAAGCAGCCUCAGCAGCAGGUUGCUGACUUCUUCCGCGGACGAGCUACGAUCUAAUGCUAGUCCCAGUACUGCUGAAUUUCCCGGAGCUGCAGGGGAAGAUACCGACCCCACAGAAUCUACCUCCCUGCUUCGUGGCCAACGAACCACGUUUGCAAAUUAUCGAACUAGUGGCCCUGGUGGUGCAGCAGAAGAGACAGAUGAGCGAGAAGAUAUCAACAAAGGAGGCACUUUCGAGCAUGAACAGUCAUGGAGCUGGACGUUGCCCAGGUGGACAUGGGUGUUACAGCUCUUGCUUCUAGCUCCUAUCGUCCUCAUUCUUGUCGGCCAGCUUGCUCUUUUUUUGACCGCCUCCAUGUGCCAGGUUGGUUCGGACGGAGUCUCUACCUUCGUCGUCUACCUGGCAUGUGCUGUUUUUACAACUCUUCUAUGCAUACCUUUAUUCCCCCUGAUCCAUCGAUUCACAUACCACAUCCCAACAUUCUUGUUCCUCGUAUUUAUUGGUACUCUAAUUUAUAAUUUGGUGGCCUUUCCCUUCUCGCCUGCCAACCGUUUAAAGACGUUCUUCAUCCAGGAAGUCGACCUGGACAACGGUUCGAAUACGGUAUCGCUCACCGGCAUUCAACCAUAUCUUACGGAUGCAAUCAACUCUAUACCAAGUGCAGCAGGCCAAAAUAUAACCUGCGACAAAACGACCCCUUUUGGUAAAUUGGAAAGAUGUUCCUGGAGCGGGCUCUCUCCAAACGUUCUCGGCCAAGGCCGUGAAAGGGACACUGAAAUCGUCCCUGACAAAUGGAUAACCUACAACAUAACGAAAACAGUAGGCAAAAACAAAGCACGCAUCGAAAUUUCCGGCCGGAACACACGAGCUUGCAAGCUCAAAUUUGACAGGGCAGUCGCGAAUUUCCAGGUUUCAGGUUCUGCAGUAGACCACCGUAUGCCCCCCACUUCCCGCCAAGGAGUUGCGGAAAUCAGACUCUGGAGUCGAACGUGGGAAAAUACUUGGGUCGUCGAUAUAAACUGGCAUGAGAGCGCUGACGAGUCGGACGACGACGACGACGAUGAUGAGAAGCACGACGCUCCCCAAAACGUAUUGAGCGGAAAGGCCAUCUGUAUGUGGAGUGACGCUAACCAGCCGGGUGUGAUACCGGCACUGGAUGAAGUGCGGCUAUAUGCACCUAGCUGGAUUGCUAUUUCUAAGGCAGCGGAUGGCCUUGUCGAGGCCAGCCAUAGCUUCACCAUCCAAUGA